CAUUAGUCCUCUUGCAGCUGAGCUCCAAAACAGCCAGACUGACAGAACGCCAGACAAAAUGUCCGAAUGUCGCUAUAAGCGCGUCUCGGAUGUGUUUUUGCAGCAGGCAUCCGAGGAGGAGAACCUGCGGGAUAAUCUUCUUACGUAAACGACCAUUCAAUUCACGGAACGCUCUCUCUCUCUCUCUCUCUCUCUCUCUCUCUCUCUCGCUCAUGCAACACGCGCAUGCGCGCACACUUGUGGCUCUGCGUGGAUGCACAGCGAGAAGAUACAGCAAAUAAGAGCAAACGAUUCAGCAAUUUGAAAAUAUACUUGCGUUCAUUCAAUUGGGUGCAAAGGGGAGUUUUUGUUUUUUCUUUUCAAAUCGAGAGAGAGAAAGCCAGCGUGCGAGAGAGAGAGUGAGAGUCGAUUCCUUUCUCCUCCACUGUCCCCCUCCUCCUCCUCCUCCUCCUCUUCCUCCUCCUCCUCCUCCCCCACGUCCACCCGUGGACCAACGAGGGGAACACUCCGCCGGCCAUCGAGGAGCACAGCGCAGCGCAGCUUCGAGCGUCACCGUUUGCGGCAUCCGCAUCACGCCCCGAGAUGGAGGUACCAGGCUUGCAGGCGCGCGACAUCAGCAGCCCGCUCAGCCCCUGCGAGGGGAUGAUCAAGGACCUGAGCCUGGACGCCAUACAGCUCUGUGAGCGAGAUGGAAGUAAAUCCCAGGACGGCGCCCUGUCCGACAUGGAGGAGCUGCCCGUCCCGCAGAGCAUCAAGAUCAGCAACAUCACCUGCGACUCCUUCAAGAUCUGCUGGGACAUGGAGCAGCGCGGCAAGGAGCGCAUCACGCACUACUUCAUUGACCUGAACAAGAAGGAGAACAAAAACUCCAACAAGUUCAAACACAAGGAUGUGCCGACCAAGCUGGUGGCCAAGGCGGUGGCCCUGCCCAUGACGGUGCGGGGCCACUGGUUCCUCAGCCCGCGCACCGAGUACACUGUGGCAGUCCAGACGGCGUCCAAGCAGACCGACGGGGACUACGCCGUCUCGGAGUGGAGCGAAAUCGUCGAGUUCUGCACCGCCGAUUAUUCCACAGUGCAUCUCAACCAGCUGCUGGCCAAGGCCGAGGUGAUUUCCGGCCGAAUGCUGCGUUUCUCCGUCUUCUACCGCAACCAGAAUAAGGAAUACUUCGACCAUGCCAGGGAGGAGCAGGGCAACCGGAUGCUUCCGUCAGUGAAGGACAACAGCGGCAGCCACGGGUCUCCCAUCAGCGGCAAGCUGGAGGGUCUUUUCUUCAGCUGCAACACCGAGUUCAACACGGGAAAGACCCCGCAGGACUCCCCGUACGGCCGCCACCGCUUCGAGGUCCGGGCCGACGCCCUGUUCAACCCCGACACCAACCUCUACUUCGGGGACUUCUACUGCAUGUACACGGCCUACCACUACGUCAUCCUGGUCCUGGCCCCCAAGGGAUCCCGGGGGGACGACUUCUGCAAGCAGAGGCUGCCCGCCCUCGACAUCGCCGACAACCGCUUCCUCACGUGCCAACGGGAGGAAGGCGGAGGCGACGGCCUGUUGUUCCGCCACGCCCAGGACGUCAUCCUGGAGGUCAUCUACACGGAGCCCGUGGACCUGGCGCUGGGCACGGUGGCCGAGAUCAGCGGGCACCAGCUCAUGAGUCUGUCCACCGUCAACGCCAAGAAGGACCCCAGCUGCAAGACCUGCAACAUCAGCGUGGGACGCUAGUGGCGAGCGGGGGGGCGGGACUUCGGUGGGGGGUUGUGGGGGGACUGCACCUCCCCGUGCGCUGCGGCAGAGCAACACUUGCAUGAAAACACACACGCACAUACACGCGCACGCACCUCAACCAUAGCGUCGGCCAUGAACACAACUUGUUUUCUCGCACUAUUACGACUUUUUCUUCCCCCAAAAAUCACAUUCUGUUCUCGUCACAUAUUCACAUUUUUUUCAAGAACGAAGUUGGAAAACAUAAUUCUCGAAAAACAAAAUUCAAUUUUCUGGUAAUAUAAUAAUUUUCUUUUCUCCCCAAAAAGUGACUUUCUGACUUAAUCCUUGUUGUACUUGUUAAACUCUCGCAGUACAACUAUUUUUUCCUCACAUUAUUAGGACUUUUCCCCCAAAAAAGUUGACUUUGUUCUCGUGAUGUUACAAAUGUAUAUUUUUGAGAGAAAAAUUGUGUUUUCUUGGAAAAACAAAAACAACCGUUAAAAUUGCAACAUUAUUCUUGGAAUAUUCCCAUAUUUAUUUCUCUCAUGAUAUAACGUUUUUCUCCCAUCACAACUUUUUUUUCCUCGUAAUAUUGCAAUUCUUCUCAUAAUACUCCUACUUUAUUAUUUUAACAUUAGGACAUUUUUACUUCCCAAAAUGUCUUUAUUUCUGUUAGUCUGACUUACUGGCACAAAAUUAUGACUUAAUUUUCAUUCCACUCUUCCUUUUUUUUUUUUUUAAUUCAAUUACAAAACUUCAGUGUCACAGUACAACAUUUUUUUCUCGUGCUACUACGACUUUUUCUCACGAACAAAAUCUUACUCUAUUCCAUAAUAUUGCAAAUACAUUUUUUUUUAUUUAAAAAAAAUGGUGUUGUCUUGGAAAAGCAAAAACAACCUUUGUUGUUAUAAGAUUACAGAAUUUUUCUCAUAACAUUUUUCUUGUCAUAUUGCAAAUUUUUCUGGAGAAAGCAUUCUCGUUUUGCUCAAUUGCCAUUUUAUUCAGAAACGCCUUUUUCUUGUACUAUUACAACUUUUUCACCCCCAAAAAACAGGUCUUUAUUCUUAUCUUCAUAAAAAAAAUCUUUUUUUUUAAAAUUUGGUAUUAUGUUUUUCCUCAGAAAACAAAAGUUAUUUUUCUCUAAAUAUUGAAACUUGUUAUCAUUAUAUUGCAUCUUUUUUUCCUGAAAGUUAAUGACGUUCUGAUAAUAUUCCAACUUUAUUCUUGUAUGAAAGACUUUUUUUCCUUAAAAAAAUAUUUUUUGGGGGGGGUCGUUUUAGGCCCACUUUUUUGUGUAUUUUUAUAGAAAAUUAUUGAGAAAAAUGUUCUUGCAGUAAAACUUUUUUCACAUAUGUAAUACCAUAUUAUCAGUCUUGUCAUACUACGAAUUUUUUUAAAUCGAAAAACACAACUUUUUUCUCAAACUAUUAUGGCUUCAUCAAACAAAAAAAAAAGAAGAGACUUCUCAUAAGAAAACGUUUUUCAAGAGUUAUGUCCUGAGAAAAAUGUGUAAUAUUCGGAGAAAAUAUACAUUAUACACGCGCCCACACACAUACAAACGCACACACACAUGCUACGAGCACAUCUGUCAACAUAGUUUCAUUUCAUCCAUGAAGAGGAUCACUUUGAACCAACAUUAACACAACUACUUCUCUACUUUAGUUACUUUUUAAUUUUUUUUGGCUUUUUUAUUAUGAUUGUCAAGCAUCGUUACUCUUUAUAGCUUCGUUUUCUGACUCCUUUUUUGUUCUAGCGUGGGGCGGGGGGGACACGUUCUCGCUACCUCCACUUAUGGCAUGAAUUGAUAAUACAACUUUCUGAGGCUGCAGCAUCCUGUUAUUUCUUUAAACCAAAGGUAUUAAAAACAAGGAAGACUUUUAAAAAAGUAAAAAAAAAAAAAAAAAAAAAAA